AUGGCGUUUCCUGUUCAUUGGGACCGCAUCGUUCGAUUCAUCGCAGAGGAAGACGGUCAAGAAUAUCUGGGAGAGCCUAUCGAUUCGGCGAUUGACGUCGGUGCUGCCGUGGCCUCCUCAACACCAGUCCAGGUCCUCGUUUUCCACGGCUCAUCGCCGCUUGACAUUACCAUACAUCCCACAACGACUAUUCUCACCAUCAGAUCUCUACUACCGCCCAUCACUCGCAAAGAAAUCGGGACGAUCCGCUGCAUUGGUCUCAACUACCGCCAUCAUGCCGCAGAGAUGAAACUCACACUUCCCACACAUCCUUGCGUAUUCUUCAAGCCAGCGUCAUGCCUGAACAGUCCCGGCCAUCCGCUUCUCAUUCCCUACCAAGCUUCAGACGGCCAAGCAGAUUACGAGGCCGAGCUUGCCGUCGUCAUAGGGCGAGAAUGCCGCAAUGUUGAUCCUGCGAAGGCGCUGGACUACGUUUUGGGCUACAUGUGCUCGAACGAUGUCACCGCUCGCAAAUGGCAGUUUGCGGGUGGCAACACGCAAUGGGGUUAUGGAAAAGGGUUCGAUGGAUUCGCUCCCAUGGGGCCUUGCCUGGUGUCCACACGAGCAAUCCCGGAUCCUAGUGUGAUCGAACUGAAGACGCUCCUUAACGGCAAUGUGAUGCAGGAAGGAAGAGCGGAUGAUAUGAUAUUUUCCAUCGCAGAGAUUGUGUCGCACUUGAGCCAGGGUACGACGCUGGAGGCUGGCACGGUCAUAAUGACUGGCACACCGCACGGCAUCGGCGUGAGCAAAGAGCCUCCCAUCUUCUUGCAGCAUGGGGAUGAUCUGAGGGUGGUUAUGAGCCACGGGCUUGGAAGUCUGGUGAGCAAUGUGGUGUAUGAAGGUCAAGAUCGAUCUUGA